CAGUUUAGGCCUUAAACUCGGUGAUAUCAAGAAAGCUUCCUGGAGAUCUCAGGUUUUCGAGUAGUGAUGCCAACAAGAUCGUAAAGGAUGGGAGAAAUGCUGUUAGCUGGACAUGGUUCAUCUAGUUGAAGGAACUUUUCUCUAUCUGUGGCAAUGCUAAGAACACAAAGCUUGUUCCAGCCUUGUAUAUCUUCGGUGAUUCCACCGUAGAUGCAGGAAACAAUAAUAAUCUUUCAACAACAGCCAGAGCAAUUUCUCUUCCUUAUGGCAUUGACUUCAAUCAUACUGCAACCGGACGUUUCACUAAUGGCUUGACUGUGCCUGACUAUUUUGCGAGAUUUCUUGGUUUACCCUUUGCACCUCCUUAUAUGAAUCUUUCUGAACUCGAGAGACGUACGACAACUACCGGAUUGAAUUUUGCAUCUGCCUCGUCUGGUAUCCUGCCGGAAACUGGAUCUUUUACGGGAUCCCCCUUGACCUUGGACAACCAGACAGAUUUAUUCAAAAUUACUGCAAAGACGUUGGAUGUGCAGAACAUUAAAGUGCAUUUGGCCAAAUCCAUCUUCUUUAUCUCCAUCGGUUCCAAUGACUACAUCAUGAAUUAUCGUAACAUCGCAUCUAAAAUGAACAAGCUUUUCUCACCAGAUUAUUUUGCCAAAUUCCUAACAGAGGAACUUGUCAAACGCUUGAAGAAACUUUAUUUGAUAGGUGCUAGGAAGUUUGUGGUGACCGGCCUUGGACCGGUAGGAUGCAUCCCGGCAAUUGCCAAGUCAACUCCACAUGAAGGCGACUGUGCUGAAUCAUUCAACCAAGCCCUGCUAUCCUACAACAAGGAGCUCUUCAUGAAGCUAUCAAAGUUGCAAUCUCAACUCUAUGGCUCUUUCUUCGUACACACGGACACUUUCAAGUUCUUACACGAACUGAAGGAAAAUAAGGAAAAAUAUGGAAUAACAGAUACCCAGAAUGCUUGCUGGGAUGGAAAACACGAUCCAUGCGCGGUGCGGGACAGAUACAUCUAUUUUGAUUCAGCUCACCCAUCUCAGAUUACUAAUUCAAUCUUUGCAGGUCGUUGUUUUAACGAGUCAUCAAUAUGCACUCCCAUGAAUGUUAUGCAACUUGUAUCAGCUUGAGUUGAGUAGCGUCUAAGAUUGCUAAUGACUCCCGGCGUGAUUUAUUUGGAGUCUAGGGCGUCUUAUUUUAGGCCUUUCUAGCAUUUUAUAACAUGAUUUGUGCAGCAUUUAUUUGUCAUUUUGUCUUUCUUUGUAUGGUAAAUGGAGGCUGUGUGCAUCUGGUAGCCAAGCAACUUUGGGGAUCUCCUUCUCAUGUCUGAAUAAAUCAAAGUGAAAAGUUAUUGCUUAUGAGUAA